GCAAUUUCACGGCUCACCCUGAGCCUUUAGGUGUGUUAGGCCGUAUAACAAUUUAUCGCAUUGUUGGGACAAAAAGUAUUAUUAUUUAAGUGAAUUAUCAGGAUCUAAAGUAGUGAUAAUGGAGCCGUAUGACGUUAUUGUUAAUCAGCCAGUAGUCAUCGACAACGGCUCUGGAGUGAUAAAAGCAGGUUUUGCUGGUGAUCAGAUACCAAAAUGCAGAUUUCCAAAUUACAUUGGAAGGCCAAAGCAUGUCAGAGUGAUGGCUGGAGCCCUGGAGGGUGAUCUCUUCGUGGGUCCAAUAGCCGAGGAGCACCGAGGUCUCCUCUCCCUGCGCUAUCCCAUGGAGCACGGCAUAGUAACUGACUGGAAUGACAUGGAGAGAAUCUGGUCGUAUGUGUACAGCAAGGAUCAGCUGUCCACGUUCAGCGAAGAACACCCAGUCCUGCUCACCGAGGCCCCUCUCAAUCCGAGGAAGAAUCGAGAACGUGCAGCCGAGAUAUUCUUCGAGUCCUUCAACGUACCAGCUCUGUUUGUCUCCAUGCAAGCAGUUCUUAGUCUGUACGCCACUGGGAGAACCACUGGUGUUGUACUCGACGCUGGAGACGGCGUGACCCACGCUGUUCCCAUCUACGAGGGCUUCGCCAUGCCCCACAGCAUUAUGAGGGUGGACAUUGCUGGAAGAGAUGUCUCCAGGUAUCUCAGACUCCUUCUGCGCAAGGAGGGUGUCAAUUUCAAGACAACUGCUGAAUUUGAAAUUGUCAGGACAAUCAAGGAACGCUCCUGCUACUUGUCGAAUAAUCCGCAGAAAGAGGAGACUGUUGAGACUGAGAAGUUUCAGUAUGUUUUGCCUGAUGGAAGCUAUCUGGAGAUUGGCCCUGCGAGGUUCAGGGCACCUGAAGUACUCUUCAGACCUGAUCUCAUUGGGGAAGAGUGCGAGGGUCUCCACGAGGUGCUCAUGUAUUCUAUUCAGAAGUCUGAUCUCGAUCUGAGGAAGGUCCUCUUCCAGAAUAUUGUACUGUCCGGGGGAUCCACUUUGUUCCGAGGCUUCGGUGAUAGGUUACUAGCGGAAAUUAGGAAGAUGUCACCUAAGGAUAUUAAAAUCAGGAUAUCAGCUCCACAAGAACGUUUAUACAGUACAUGGAUCGGAGGUUCCAUCCUGGCAUCACUAGACACAUUCAAGAAGAUGUGGGUGAGCAAAAGAGAGUAUGACGAGGAGGGCAGCAGAGCGAUACAUCGUAAAACCUUCUGAGCUGUUUAAUUAUCGCUAAAAAUAAUUGGGAAUUAACGAAAAAUCGAACAAAAAAUACUUAACACGCAAGUAACGCUCGGCACAAGACAUUUUUACACGUGUUCGAAUAAUUCCCCUUACUCCAAUGUCCCAUUGAGGGGGUUCCAAUGGGAGGAAGAGGAUUAAAGAUUAAUUUUAUAUAUCAAGUAAUUUGGCGGCCACUCUCGCAGUGGUGUUAACAAUUUUUCCCUCUCAAUGAUUGACGAAUCAUUAGAUAUAGUUGAAUGUCUGGCUGCAAUCCCAGUGAGAUUCGUCGGACAUUUAAUAUUUAAUUGUGGAAAUGGUGAAUCAAUAAUGAAGUAGUGAAACAAUACACUGAAGAUAUGAGUUGGGCUUUUACUAAUUUUUUUAUUUCAAUGCUGGAGGAAGGCUUAAUAGCUUAAGGCGAUUGAGAAUUUUAUAAUUGUCUCAGAGCGGGCAUUUUUAUUCGUGACAGAAGUUCCUUUUUUCACCCCUUUCUUAAAAAAGAAAACCUGCAUUGGCCCGAAAAAAUGUCAAGGUAUUUGCUCUCAAAACCACUAAUUCUGGAGAUAAGCACAAGAAAACAAUGACACUGGUGUUUCACUAGUUCAUAACUGAUCCGCCAAGUUGCCUAUUUAUGUACUCUUUUUUUUAUACUAUUCACUUAAUAUUUAAUGAUAGAAGAGUGUAACGGGGGAUCAUUGAGAGCGCUUUGUUCAUGUGUUAUUAUUUCUUUUCGGUUGAAGAAAAACUCAUCAAUAAUAAUGGAGCACUGUUUUUGCAACGCGUAUUUGUAAAUAUGUAUGCUUGGUAAAAUAAAAUAUUUAAAAGAAAACAGUGCAUUGGAGUUGUUUUCGUUCUGGUGAAUAUUUUUUGAGCUUCUGGUGUUAUUUCAGACCACAUGAAAAGCGAGAAUGGAAAUAUAUAGAUUUACGUAUGUCUUGUAUCGUAGGUUUCUUUGUUUAAAAAUUUGUUCUGUAAUGGAAAAUUUUUACCUGUCAUUUUCCUCUUCAAAUAAUAAAAAUUAUAAUCAAAGGUA